AUGUUUAAGCUUGCCCGUAGCAGGCCUUUUACGGCAGCUUUCAGAUCCACCAAGAUCUCCGUUCCUUCCCGCUUAGCAGGUGUUGCACAACAAAAGAGAGCUUUAAGUAUACAUGAGUAUCUUUCUGCAGAUCUCCUGAGACAGUAUGGCAUUGGAGUCCCAAAAGGUUCCGUCGCUACCACAGCCGCCGAGGCCGAAGCAAUCGCGAAAGAUAUCGGUGGAGAUGAUAUGGUGAUCAAGGCUCAGGUCCUUGCUGGAGGACGAGGAAAGGGAACAUUCGAUAACGGCCUCAAGGGUGGUGUUCGUGUUAUCUACUCUCCAACAGAAGCCAAGAUGUUCGCCGACCAAAUGAUCGGACACAAGCUUGUCACCAAGCAGACUGGAGCACAGGGCCGCCUCUGUAACUCGGUAUAUAUUUGCGAGCGCAAGUUUGCUCGCAGAGAAUUCUAUCUUGCUAUUCUGAUGGAUCGGGCAUCGCAAGGGCCAGUUAUUGUGUCCUCAUCGCAAGGUGGAAUGGAUAUCGAGGGUGUAGCCAAGGAGAACCCAGACGCGAUCACCACAACAUACAUUGAUAUCCACAAGGGUGUUACCGACGAUAUCGCCAGAAAGAUUUCUGCUGAUCUUGGAUUCAGCGAGCAGUGUAUCGAGGAUGCAAAGGACACCAUUCAGAAGCUAUACAAGAUCUUCAUGGAGAAGGAUGCCACCCAGAUUGAAAUCAACCCUCUUUCCGAGACAUCAGAUCAUAAGGUUCUGGCUAUGGAUGCCAAACUUGGUUUCGAUGACAACGCAGAGUUCCGCCAAAAGGAGAUUUUCUCCAUGCGCGAUACCACACAAGAGGAUGCUGAGGAAGUUCGCGCCGCCGAGUCUGGCCUCAACUUCAUCAAGCUUGGAGGUGAUAUUGGAUGCUUGGUCAACGGUGCUGGUCUCGCUAUGGCGACCAUGGAUAUCAUCAAGUUGAACGGUGGAGAGCCAGCCAACUUCUUGGAUGUUGGUGGUGGUGCCACUCCCCAGGCUAUCAAGGAGGCUUUCACACUUAUCACAAGCGACCCUAAAGUCACUGCUAUUUUCGUCAACAUCUUCGGUGGUAUCGUCAGAUGUGAUGCCAUUGCCAAAGGUCUUAUCAGCACCGUUGAGAGCAUGAAUCUCAGAAUCCCAAUCAUUGCCAGAUUACAAGGAACCAACAUGGAGGCAGCUCACAAGUUGAUCAACGAAUCAGGCCUCAAGAUUUUCUCUAUCGAUGAUUUACAGAACGCAGCAGAGAAGGCAGUGCAAUUCUCGAAAGUUGUAAAGAUGGCGCGGGACAUUGAUGUUGGUGUGGAAUUCUCACUGGGUAUUUAA